UAGCGGCUGAAGAGACAAGUUUCCAUAUAACAAAAAGAGCAAGAUUUUAUUAUUUCCCUACUUUUUGUGGUGGAACUUUAUUUGUUAUAAACAAAUUGUCAUAAAUUCAUUCUUGAGGAAUAUUGUUGGAUUUCUCUAUAUUUUGCCGGAUUUUAUUACUUUGGGUCUGCUGUUUUAAACAGGCGGCUGGUUUGUGUUUCACCAUGAAGCUGCCAUUAAUAUUUUUGCUAUUGAUGCUUUGGACCUGCGAGGCUGCGAGAGUCGCAGAGAGUCGAGACGACAAUAGCGUGUAUGACUUGUUUGAGCUCGUCAAAGUCCCCAGCAAGAACCACGGGGUGACCCUGGUGAAAGGAGACGACCCGUACAGCCCCGCCUACAAGAUCCUCAACCCGGACCUGAUCCCCCCGGUCCCCGAGAGCUCCUUCAGGGACCUGAUCGAUUCCAUUCACGCCGAGCGGGGUUUCCUCCUGCUCCUCAACUUUAAGCAGUUCAGACGCACCAGGGGAAGCCUCCUGACAGUGGAAAAGAAGGACGGAUCCGGACCAGUGUUCGAGAUCGUCUCAAACGGCAAAGCGAACACCUUGGACAUUGUUUUCUCCACCGAGAACAAGCAGCAGGUGGUUUCCAUCGAAGAUGUGGGUCUGGCUACGGGUCACUGGAAGAAUAUCACGCUGUUCGUGCAGGAGGACUGGGCAAAGCUGUACGUGGGAUGUGAUGCGGUGGACACCGCCGAGUUGGAUGCGCCAAUUCAGAGCAUCCUGACGCCGGAGACUCCGGCCGGCGCGCAGCUCAGGAUUGGCAAGGGAGCCGUGAAGGACAAGUUCACGGGGGUCCUACAAAACGUGCGGUUUGUGUUUGGAACAACAUUGGAAGCGAUCCUGCGCAACAAAGGAUGCCAAAGCGCCAUGACUGACACCAUGAUCCUGAAGAACCUCAAUGGCUCCUCAGCCAUCAGAACAGAGUACACUGGUCAUAAGACUAAAGACCUGCAGAUGGUGUGUGGCUUCUCCUGUGAGGACCUGCUCAGUAUGUUUAAAGAGCUAAAGGGUCUCGGCGUGGUGGUCAAGGAGCUGUCCAAUGAUCUCCGCAAGCUGACUGAUGAAAACAAGCUGAUUAAAACCCAUAUUGGCAUUCACAGUGGCGUCUGUAUCCACAACGGCAUCGUCCGCAAGAACAGAGACGAGUGGACCGUGGAUGACUGCACCGAGUGCACUUGUCAGAACUCUGCUACUGUUUGUCGCAAGAUCUCCUGCCCCCUGAUCCCCUGUGCUAACGCUACUGUUCCCGAUGGAGAGUGCUGCCCGCGCUGUGGAACACCGAGUGACUAUGCAGAGGACGGCUGGUCGCCGUGGUCUGAAUGGACCCAUUGUUCCGUGUCAUGUGGGCGUGGCAUCCAGCAGCGUGGGCGCUCUUGCGACCGUAUCACUAACAACUGUGAGGGCACCUCUGUGCAGACCCGCGACUGCUACCUCCAGGAGUGCGACAAGCGCUUCAAGCAGGACGGCAGCUGGAGCCAUUGGUCACCAUGGUCAUCCUGCUCGGUCACCUGUGGUGCUGGUGUCAUCACCCGUAUCCGCCUUUGCAACUCCCCGACUCCUCAGCUAGGAGGCAAGGACUGUGUUGGAGAGGGUCGGCAAACUGAAACAUGUACAAAGUCUCCGUGUCCCAUCAAUGGCAACUGGGGUCCCUGGUCUCUCUGGGAUACAUGCAGUCUCACCUGUGGAGGUGGUCAGCAGACACGGAAACGCCUGUGCAACAAUCCUGCACCACAAUAUGGUGGUAAAGAGUGUGUCGGUGAAGCCAAGGACACCCAGAGGUGCAACAAGAACCCCUGCCCAAUUGAUGGUUGCCUGUCCAACCCCUGCUUUGAUGGUGCCAAGUGCACCAGUUUUCCCGAUGGUUCCUGGAAGUGUGGAAAGUGCCCAGCAGGAUACACUGGCAAUGGGAUCAAGUGUAAAGAUGUUGAUGAGUGCAAAGAGGUUCCCGGUGCUUGCUUUGAGUUUAAUGGGGUGCACCGCUGUGAGAACACUGUUCCAGGCUACAACUGUUUGCCCUGCCCUCCUCGUUACUCAGGAUCCCAGCCAUUUGGCCGCGGUAUUGAACAGGCUGCUGCUAAUAAACAGGUGUGCUCUCCACGUAAUCCCUGCCUUGACGGAAGCCACGACUGCAACAAAAACGCCCGCUGCAACUACCUUGGACACUUUGCUGACCCAAUGUACCGAUGCGAGUGCAAACCCGGUUAUGCUGGCAAUGGCCAUAUCUGUGGAGAGGAUACAGAUCUGGAUGGAUGGCCCAAUGCCGACUUGGUGUGUGUGGAGAAUGCAACCUACCACUGCAAAAAAGAUAACUGUCCCAACCUCCCGAACUCAGGGCAAGAAGAUUAUGAUAAGGAUGGCAUUGGAGAUGCUUGUGACAAUGAUGAUGACAACGAUGGUAUUCCUGAUGAUAGGGACAACUGUCCUUUCGUGUACAAUCCCAGGCAGUAUGACUAUGACCGUGAUGACGUGGGUGACCGCUGUGACAACUGCCCCUACAAUAGCAACCCAGACCAGACAGACACUGACAACAAUGGAGAGGGAGAUGCCUGUGCUGUGGACAUUGAUGGAGAUGGCAUACUAAAUGAGAAGGACAACUGUCCCUAUGUAUACAAUGUUGACCAGAGAGACACUGAUUUGGAUGGAGUGGGAGACAUGUGUGAUAACUGCCCUCUGGAACAUAAUCCUGAUCAGGUGGAUUCAGAUGAUGACCGCGUGGGAGACAAGUGUGACAGCAACCAGGACAUCGAUGAGGACGGACACCAGAACAAUCUGGAUAACUGCCCGUAUAUUCCCAACGCCAACCAGGCUGACCAUGACAAGGACGGCAAGGGCGAUGCCUGUGACCAUGAUGACGACAACGAUGGCAUCCCUGAUGACAAAGACAACUGCAGAUUGGCAUUCAAUCCUGAUCAGCUGGACUCUGAUGGUGAUGGCCGUGGAGAUGCUUGCAAAGAUGAUUUUGAUCAGGACAAUGUGCCUGACAUCUAUGAUGUGUGUCCUGAGAACUUUGACAUCAGUGAGACAGAUUUCCGCAAGUUCCAGAUGGUUCCUCUGGAUCCAAAAGGCACCUCCCAGAUUGAUCCUAAUUGGGUCGUCCGGCAUCAGGGCAAAGAGCUGGUUCAGACUGUUAACUGCGACCCUGGCAUUGCUGUUGGUUACCAUGAGUUCAAUGCAGUGGACUUCAGUGGGACUUUCUUCAUCAACACAGAGAGGGAUGAUGACUAUGCAGGCUUUGUGUUCGGCUACCAGUCCAGUUCCAGAUUCUACGUGGUGAUGUGGAAGCAGAUCACACAGACCUAUUGGUCAAAUAAGCCAACUAAGGCUCAGGGCUACUCUGGCCUGUCCAUUAAAGUGGUUAACUCCACCACUGGCCCAGGAGAGCACCUCAGAAAUGCCCUCUGGCACACAGGCAAUACCCCAGGACAGGUUCGCACUCUCUGGCAUGACCCAAAGAACGUUGGAUGGAAAGACUUCACUGCCUACAGAUGGCAUCUGAUCCACAGGCCGAGAACAGGACUUAUUCGAGUUGUCAUGUACGAAGGGAAGAAGAUCAUGGCAGAUUCUGGUAGCAUCUAUGACAAGACAUAUGCGGGUGGCAGGCUAGGACUUUUUGUCUUUUCACAAGAGAUGGUAUACUUCUCAGACCUCAAGUAUGAAUGCAGAGAUGCAUAAAUGCACGGCGCAGGAAGCUCUGAGGAAUGCACCUUUUUUGUAUAAAGUAUGAACUUUUAUAUUCUCAUGCAAAGUCCAGGGACCGAUUUAUUGCCGCAACUCUUUUUUCUUUGGCACGCUCACUCAGACUGGGCAAAGGGCAUAUGGUCAGCCUCAGGGUAACUUGAAGCCGGUUCGGGCAGAAAGCCAACCAGCUGAAUGCCAGUUGAGGAUCGGAGAGCCCCUUCUCUAUCACCAUCCUUAACAUCCACAAGAGCAGGGAGAGCUGAAGAAAAAAAAUAAUAAUAAAACAAAGCCUGUGGCUAGUAGGCCACCAACACAUUUCUGCCUGCUUUCCCCGCUCUCUGAAAGACCUCAUUCAUCUCUGUGCAGGAACGGCUCCUCAUAAACAACUAUGCACUUCCAAGUCUUUACAUCUCUCUCUGUCUUUCUAUCUAACUUCUUCAGCCUGUGUGCCUUUUCUGGCUUAUGUUUUGGAUGAACUUCCCAAAGAAAAAAAUAAGAAUAUUUCUUUUGUCUUACCAGUCUGGCCAGGAUAUAGAUUCUGGACAAUACAGGACUCAAAAAAUGAAGAUGGCAUUUAUUAGGAAUUUUUGGUGUUAAGGACAUGUGAUUGAAGAAAACUGUUGAGAGAGGAGCGAGUUAUAAAUAAGGGUAGUGUGGACAAAUGUAUUUAUGCAUGUACAUUGUGUGAGUGGAAGACUAGCCAUGAAUGGAACAAUGUGUGUCUCAAUUCGAGUACUUCCGUGAGCAGAUUUCCAGGUAGCAUGGACUGUACACUGCAUGCUUGCUCGUGUAAUAUGUGAAUUUUGACCAUGUUGUCUCAAAUCGAACAUGCCAAACAUGUUCAAUACAUAUUCUUACCAGGAAUAACCACGCUGCAUUUAAAGAGCUAGCUGCUGCAUUUUGUAAAAAUUUGCAGUUUGUUGAGCCUUUGCCCACUCUUCUCAUACAGAAUUACUCAACAGCAAAGAUGGGAUUCAGUUUAACACACAAACACCAAAUCCAUAACAUUCGGUGUAAACCUGAAAAAAUGCUGCUGCUGUUAGCUAGCUAGCUGAAAUUUCACUGAAGGUUAAAAGUGUACUCCACACCAACUUUUUUUUUUUGAGUAUCCCAUUCCUCUUCGCGUUGCCAUACACGUGAGUUUCAUCACACUUAACCUACUCAAAAUCGUGUGUGGAAGUUUGGAAGUAUGCGAUGCAAGGCACAACAUCGGUUUAGGCUAGCUGCCAUUUACAUACAAGUAUCAUUGGUUUUGAUGUUGUCUGGUUGUCUAAACAACUCUCAGGAUUAGAUGGAAGUGAGAAUUAUAUUUUACAAAAAAUAUAUGCUUGAGUGCAUGACCACAUAGUCAAAAUUUCCUCCAAAAUAUCUCAGAUCAUAACUGUAGUAAUUGAAGAGAUUUACCUCCCUCAACUUGGGGAGUUCAUUAUGAAAUAAUGUAAAUACAUCUAAUUUAUUGACUUGCCUACAGUGUAGGCAGUAAACAAAAUUUUUAUACUUUGAAAAAGUAAAAAUAACUUUUCAAUCACAGAAUCUAUCACAGUGAAAACUGACCCCAAAUCAGGUACAAGACACAGGAUCUUAUUAUUGUCUUUCAUCUCCAGUUGUACAAAGUGAAUUAGUUACUAUUCAGAUAGGGCUAUUUAGUAUGAAGUGUAUAUGACUUGUGUGCCUUUUCUUCAGAGAGAUGAAAAACAAAGGAAAUCUUUGAUGUACAAUUAUUACCUCAUUGCUGUUGUAUAAUUUGAUCAAACGAAAACACAACAUAAGUACUUCUUCAUAUUCCUUUGAAAUGAUGGACAUCUUAGUGCUACUGUAGCAUGAGCUGUAAAUAAUAUGACAUAUUUACAAACACAGCAGAGCUCCCAAUCCCAUGAUUUACCACAGCAAAAAUUAUAAUAAAGUGGGAGAUUUCUUUUUUUUUUAAAUAUAAUUUUGCUUUAUCAUGUAUGUCCAGUGCGGUUUUUAGCAGAUAAAUUAUUGUUCUGUUUGUCUUAGCAGUUUGUAAGAUGUUGAUUUUGUGUGUGUUUCCAUGAGGGUGUGUGUGUGUGUGUGUGUGUGUGUGUCUGAGUGUGUGUAGAAAUUUGCUAUUUAAAUAAUUUAUCAGGAUCUGCUGCCUUACUAAGGGGCACAUGUCCAUCUGUAUAAACGGUUUGCACACUGACGUGAGGAUGUUAUGUUCUUUAUUGUUUUUAUCUUUUUUUUGUUAUUGUGUAUCAAUGUUACCAAUAUUUUUGUACAAUUAGUUUUGCUUGUCUGUAAACAUUUUCAUAGUUGUACAAAGCAAAAUGCUGUUUUUAUUCAUAGCAACUAUUUUGUUAUGUAUUUCAAGACAAUAAAUAGUUGUUAACAUUCUCAA